AUGGCAAAAAUCAAUUGUAAAUCUGGAUUUCCAAUCAACCAAGCUGAAAACGACAGUGAGGAAGAUUGUGAAUUACCAGCUGAACUAGCACGGCUCCUUGAGCACGAAGAAAAAGAGAUUUAUCCACAUAAAGAACCAGUGGAUGUCAUUAAUUUGGGUUCUGAAACUGAUAGAAAAGAAGUAAAAAUUAGGGCAUCUCUUGCCAAGCAUGUACACUCCGAGUUGGUAGUGUUAUUGCAUGAGUAUGUUGCCGUCUUCGCUUGGUCGUAUCAAGAUAUGCCAGGGUUAGACACCAACAUCGUUGAACAUCACUUGCCACUCAAGACUGAAUGUCCUCCCAUCAAGCAAAAAAUCAGAAGGACUAGACCCGACAUGGCACUCAAGAUCAAGGAAGAGGUUAAAAACCAGUUUGACGCUGGCUUCUUGGCCAUUUCCGAGUAUCCACAGUGGGUUGCUAACAUCGUUCCAGUUCCGAAGAAGAAAGCGAUAAAGGGGAGUGUUCUGUCUGACUACCUUGCUCACCUACCUAUUGAAGGUUAUCAACCGUUGAGAUUUGACUUUCCAAACAAAGACAUUAUGUUUAUCAGAGACUUCCCUAUGCCAGGCUUCGAGGCAGGCCCUGAGGAAGGCCCUGAACCAGGAUCGCGAUGGACGCUUGUAUUUGAUGAUGCUUCCAAUGCUCGAGGCCAUGGCAUAGGUGUUGUUAUCACUUCUCCGACCGAUUUCCACCUCCCAUUUACCGCUAGGUUAUGUUUUGACUGCACCAAUAAUAUGGCAGAAUAUGAAGCAUGUAUCUACGGUUUAGAGGAGGCCAUCGACUUAAGGAUCAAGAUUCUUGAGGUAUACGGUGAUUUAGCUCUAGUAAUAAGUCAGGUGAAGGGUGAUUCGGAGACUCGAGAUAGCAAGUUGAUACCGUACAAGGAGUAUAUCAGAAAACUGGUAGCCUACUUUGAUGAAAUCUCUUUUCAUCAUACUCCUAGGGAAGAAAAUCAGUUAGCAGAUGCUCUAGCCACAUUGGCAUCUAUGUUCAAAGUCAAAUGGAAGAAUGAAGUGCCAGCCAUCCAUAUUGACCACUUAGAUGAACCAUCGCGUUGUCUAGCAAUCGAAGCCGAUCCUGAUGAUAAGCCUUGGUUCUACGACAUAAAGACAUUCCUAGAAAAACAGCAAUAUCCCGAGGGUAUAUCCAUUAUCGAUAAGAAGGCUCUGAGAAGACUCUCUCCCAAAUUCUUCCUAAAUGGUGAUGUGUUAUACAAGCGAAAUUAUGAUUCCGUACUGCUCAGAUGCGUGGAUAGACAUGAAGCUAGUACGAUCGUAAAAUCCAUACAUGAAGGCUGCGAGGGUGUACAUGCAAAAGGUCCUGCUAUGGCCAAGAAGAUCCUUCGGGUUGGAUAUUACUGGACAACAAUGGAGGUUGACUGUUACAACUUUGUUAGAAGAUGUCACAAAUGUCAGAUAUAUGGUGAUAAGAUCUUUGUGCCACCGACUCCGUUGAAUGUUUUGACUUAUCCAUGGCCUUUUUCUAUGUGGGGUAUUGAUAUGAUUGGGAUGAUAGAGGCUAAAGCUUCCAACGGUCAUCGAUUCAUCCUAGUCUCCAUCGACUACUUCACGAAAUAG